ACCCCCGAGCGCCCUCCGUGCCUCGCUGCGGAUGAAGGGGAACUUCCAGGGCAGGAAGCGGGAGAGCACCCGGCGCGCCCCGGCGGAGUCGCUGGCGGGAGAGGCGGGUCGGGGAUGGGGAGCCGCCGCCACCUGCCCCCGGCGCGGGCACAGCCCCGCCGCCUUUGUGCUUCCUGCCGCGGCUCCGCGGGGCGGGAGGGCUGGGCCGGGCCGGGCGUAGCGGCUCCGCCGCGGCCUUGGCUGCCACGUCAGUGCCGCCGCCCUGCGUCGAGAUGCCGGCGGUGCCCGCGCCGGCCCGGCCGGGGUCACGGGCGGGGGUCGCUGCCGGGCCGCCUCCGCAGCCCCGCCGGGCACGCAGGUAGCUGCGGGGCCAGGACGCGGCGCGGACUGCGGGGUUCGGCCGGCCCAGGCUGUGUUCAGUUCCCUGCAUCCUGUGAGCCUGUUAUGCACAUUACUUUCAGCAACUUCUUUUGGAGGAAGUUGUAGCACAUCCUGCUGUAGGCUUGGAAGUGUCUGCAGAAUACUUUAGUGGAAACAACUAGCUAGAAGCCUUCACAAAGGAAUAUAUUUGGCAAUAAUGAAUCAAACGGACAAAAAUCAGCAGGAAGUCCCAUCAUACGUUCAUGAUGAACCACCAGAAGGAUCACUCAAAGACCACCCGCAGCAGCAGGCUGGCAUGCUUUCUCGUGUGACUGGUGGCCUCUUCAGUGUCACAAAGGGAGCUGUUGGUGCCACGAUUGGGGGCGUUGCUUGGAUCGGAGGGAAGAGCUUGGAAAUUACCAAAACAGCAGUCACAUCUGUGCCUUCCGUGGGAGUGGGUCUAGUCAAAGGAAGUGUUUCUGCUGUAGCUGGAGGCGUUACAGCUGUAGGAUCUGCUGUUGCAAGUAAAGUGCCUUUAACAGGAAAGAAAAAGGACAAGUCUGACUAAAACCAAAACUGAGACAUACUGAAUUCUCCAGAAUAUUGCAUCAGUGACAUUAAAAUCUGCUAAGAUUGGGACCAUGAGAAGCCAUGUGUCUUAGACACUUUAUCUUCUAACAAGUAACUGUGCAAGUAACUCAAUUUCAUCUGAAAAGGACAGAAGAAGCUUGGCUAGCACAGCAUAUGAGGAUUUAAUAGAGCCUAGAUUGAAGCUUUGUAUCUGGUGAAAUGUUACACUUGAUAACUAUAGAAGUGAGUGUAUCUGAAGGAAUAAUACAUAUUUGAAUAGUCAUUUACUGUACAUCUUCUGCAGUUUUGGACUAAAAUGUGAAUGUAGAAACUCGGUAGUCUCUGUGAUGCCAUUGAUACGAGAUGACAAUUAUUGUUCUCAGUGGUUUCCACACCCUCCUGCUAAGUAUCCUUCAGCUGUGUGAAAGCACUGUUGGACGUACCCAGUCUUGGUUAUGAACCUGUACUUGCAGGCAGCCUGUAAACUAUCCCUGACUGCAUUCUGCCAGUGAAGACUGGAGCAAAGAGCCUGGAGCUGUGCAGAAAUUGGAAAUGAGAAUGGGAGAUAGAAGUGAAAAAGUUUAACAAUGUGGUGGAAAGGAUCAUAAAGAGUAAAAUAACUCCUUACUAGAAGAAAAUCUCUCUUUACUAGGUGAAGCUGUGUAAAGAACUGUCCUGUUGUUUCAGUGCAGUUUACAGAAUGAGCUUUAGGCUCUUUAUAAAUCCUGAUAUCUGAAACUUUCUCAGUUUUUACUGAAAACAUGAUUGCUUCAUCUCAGGUGUAUUUAAUAAGAUGCAUCUAUCUCCUGCAAGUGAGAACUUGCUUCAAAUAAACUUCUUAUAGACACUAGAAAAAAUGACAGCCUGUGGAAAAUGGGCUGAUGUUUGUGGUCAUCUAGCACAGCUGUCUAAGUUGCUAGGAAUUCUUGUGUAGCUGGAAACCACUGAAGAACUAGCAAAGCUGUUCUCUCAACUCCGUGAUACACCAGGUUAGCUUUUUGCUCUGUUUAAGCAAAUGCAAGGAAAUUUUCACUACAUUUCUUGUACUUUUCACCUUGAUUUUUGAGUGAAAUGCAAUACUUUUAUUUAAAACAAACCAAAAACAGUAGAUGAGGCCUUAAAAAAAAAAGAAGGCAACUUGAUUCAAGUAAUUUGUAUACUGACAGAUUCCAAAUGUUAACACCUCAAAUGGGAACACAUUUUGCAGCGUGUGAGGCAAAAUGCACUUGUAAUGACACAGCGUGAGGUUGCCUUAAAAUAGAAACUAUUUGUGAUCCUUUAUUUGUGUACUGAUUUUGAAAAUAAGUAAUCUCUUUUGAAGCCCAUGGGAGGCAUCUGUUCAUGGUGUGUAUGCAGUAUUUUCUAAAAACUUUUGUUUCUAUGGAGAACUUGUAUGCUUAUUUUUUCAGUGGCUGUAGUUGCACUAGGUGGUUAUCUGGGGGGGACUUUUUAAAAAUGAGAAAAACCCAAAACAUAUCACUUGUCAAACUUAUUCCUCUGUUCAUGGUUGUUGAAAGUACAUCUUGUCUCAAUUAUGGUACUGUAGUCAUGCAAUCUCUCUGAGCCAUUGGCACUCUGUGACAAUUUUAUUUUAUAUCAGAAAUCGUAUAUGUUGGAAGCAUGAUACUUGAAAGCAUGGAACUUGGGGUGGUGGGGAGAGCAAAAACCCAAAAAAAGACAUCUGCUCCUUCGGUUAGAUACACAGCUGCUUGGUUCUGAUCUGCUGCAAGGGUGUGAUGAGGUAAGUUGAUGCAACAAAUGGAAGACUUUAACCAUUUUAUAGUCAAAAGCAAGUUGCAUAGCAUAUAGUAUUGUUUAGAGGUAUCAGUUAGCUCUAGAAAUGAGCUAGCCUGGAUAUCAGAGGCAGUUUUGCUGCAGCAUGUAAUUUAGUAUGGUCUGCUCCCCUGCAAUUUCCAGUGUAGCAAUAUCCCCCAAGUGCUGCCACUGAACUCUUUAGGAGUCACCUGUUUGGAGCACAGGUGACACUCAACCAAACUCUUCCUAUUAGUUUUUCUGUAAGUGGGAAUGUUGAACUGGUCAUACCCAUUUUUUAUUAAUUUUUUUAAUUUUAAACUAUGAAACUUGCAGCAAAAUAAGUGUGGUCUGAGAUAAGCAAUGUUAGGUAUGUAAGGAGUUGCCAACACUCCAUUAUGUUUUGUUCUUAACAUAUCCUGUAGCUAUUAUUUUGAGUCUUGUAAACUGAAACUUUUACAUGGCGUAUGGAUUUAGUUUUCAAAGAGCUUUGUCCUGUAUCCUGUGUGUUUUCUAUUCACUUAUGAAACUUGCUUAAUCUUAAAAUCUUGUUCCAGUUCUGUCCUGGCACCUGUGAAACAUUAAAUUGUUGCUGUUUCAGACAUUUGAAA